GAUUUCUAUCUCUCUCAACUCUCUCGAUCUCUGUAGAUUGUAAGGAUGAGUACUUCUAUCCAUGAAAACCCGGUUUACGACUUGAAAAUAUCCUCGGUUAUACCGGGUAAGUUCACCGAGUCUGGAGUAACUUAUGAACCAACUAACAUGGAUUUGGCUAUGAAACUACAUUAUCUUCUAGGAUUAUAUUUCUUUCCAAAGGAAGCAGUUGAUGGUUUUACUAUCUCCAAGAUCAAAGAAUCGAUAAAUACACUGUUUAGCAGCUUUAGUAUGUAUUGUGGAAGGUUUCGAAGAUCUGAUGAAUCCAGUCGACGACCGUACAUCAAAUGUAACGAUGCCGGUGUGAGAAUGAUUGAAGCUAAGUGUAAGUACACGAUGGAGGAGUUUCUAGAGAUGAAGGAUUGUUCUCUUCAUAAACUUCUUGUAUAUAACCAGGUUCUUGGAACUCCAGACCUAGCUAUUUCUCCUCCAGUUCUUAUUCAGGUAUUACUAAUCUUUUCACUUUUUACUUGGUUCAAAUGUGGAGGAAUGUCGACAGGGCUAAGCUGCGCACACGUCCUUGGCGAUGCAUUCUUAGCAUCACAUAUCAUCAAAUCUUGGGGACAACUAGUAUCCACCGGUCAUCUGCCACAUGAUCUGCAAAAACUUGAACCUAUAACAGUUAUACAAGAAAACCGAUCUUUCGUCGAUCUCCAGCCAUUCUUCAAACGAGUUGAUCCGGUGGGUGACUAUUGGAAGUUUGUGAAUAACUGUAAUAUGAUUACAUCCUGUUUCCAAAUUAACCCCGCAAAACUUAACAACAUAUUGUUGAGGAUCAAUGGUCAGUGUGGAACUCGUCAUAUUCCAACUUUCGAAUGCCUUUGUGCCAUCUUUUGGCACAGUUUAGCCAAAAUCAGAACACAAGCGGAACCACGAGUUGUGACUGUUUGUCAAAACAAUUCCAAUCGGAUAAAUGAUGUGCAUUAUGGAAACAACCAGAUAUUCGGAAUUGUGAAGGCUGAAUGUCAUGUCAAGGAUGCGAAUCCGGCCGACUUGGCGACAUUGAUGUUGGAUCAAACAACACAUGAGCAACGCCAAAUGGAUCAAGUGAUGGAGAAAGAUGGAGGUUUGUCAGAUUUUGUUGUGUAUGGAGCAAAUCUGAUUUGGAAGAGUCCAAAAUCUAUGAAAUGCAUGGUCGAGGGAGUAGCAGAUUCAGGGUUGGUAUUAGUACUUCCAGGGCCAAGUAAUAAAGGAAGGACUGUAACAAUAAUUCUGCCAGAAAAUGAAAUUUUACAGCUGAAGGCAGAGUUAGAAAAGGAAUGGUGUAUUGUUUGA